UUAGACAAAAUAUCCAGUUCUUUCUUGUUGAAGGUAGUGAAACAAAUCGAGUUCCUCAACUAACAUAACAGAUAUUGGAACACCACAGAAAAAGGAGUAUUUCUUCUGUGCAGAGACUCCUGGUGCUGCUAAAGCCUGGGUAUCCACUUUACAUGCCACACAGUUGGUACUGCGUGCUCAUAGGGAAGCAGUUAAUAACUUGAGUGGCAGUGGAUCUGCACAAUUAGGAACAGUUGCUACAGUUGUUGCAGCUGCUAACUCAACUGCAAUGGAGGCCUCAAAAGAAAUUGAAGCAGCCAUGAAGAUCUCCCUGCGAACUGCUCUGGGUUCGUUGGCUACUAAGCCAAGUGAUGGUCAAUUAGAUGAUUUGACUAUUAUGAAGGAAACUCUUAGAGUUAAAGAUGAAGAACUACAUCAGUUAGCUAAGGAUAUUCGUGCUCGUGAUUCCACGAUAAAAGAUAUAACAGAUAAACUAUUGGAGACAGCGGAGGCUGCUGAAGCAGCUGCUUCUGCAGCUCAUGCAAUGAAUGAGGAGAGAAGACUUGCAUGUGCAGAAAUCGAGCGUCUAAGGAAGGAUGCAGAGAAGCACCACGAAAAUUUCCUGCUUAAGUUGAGAGAAUCUGAAGAAAAGGUUAAGAACCUUACAAUGGAACAAGAGCUGUUACUAAAGCAGAGAGACUCUGCACUUCAGGAGGCACACAUGUGGCGCUCUGAGCUUGCAAAAGCUAGGGAACGAGCCGUGGUACUAGAAGCAGCUGUUGUGAGAGCUGAAGAAAGAGCCAGAAUAACUGAGGUGGACUCUGAGGCCAGAGUAAAGGAUGCUGUAGAGAAAUCAUUAGCAGCCAUAAAAGAAAAAGAGGAUCUCCUGGCUCUUGUUCAUAAGUUGCAAUCACAAGUACAGAGAUUCGGUAACACAAAGCAGGCUUUUGAAGAGAGAUCGGAGGCGCACUCCACCCCCGAUGAUACUCUUCCAAUGACAAAGCAUGUCGACUUAUUGGAAGAUGAUGUCGAUAAAGCUUGCUUAAAUGAUCCCAGGCCACUUCCAGCUUCUUCCGAGAGUGAAAUACAACUUGGAGUUGAUGGAGUCGAUAUCCACUCUGUUGGUGAUGCCAACUGGGAUAAUUUCCAGUCUUCAGCUGCAAGAAUAGCCGAUGUGCGCGAGAUUUCUCCUGAAGCAGAAGGAAACAGCCUGGAUAUUUCUGUCGAUACCACUCGCAACAAUGAUACUCAACCUUGAUCAAGUGUUAACCAUGGACAAGUGGGAAAAGAAAAAUAGUCUUCUAAUUUGAGCUUAGAGGUUGAGAGCUGCGCAUAAAAAUAUGAUAAAUUAUAUGUUUUGUAUAGAGAAAUCACAAUUUGGUGAAGCUUUUAGCUUGUCAUGUGUAGUUAAUAAGUAAUUUGGUGGUCAGUUAAUUAUGGUGGGAGGAACAUUUCGUUAUUUUCUAA